UGCAUUCUUCACCAUUCAUCACGGCUGAGGACUGAGCGCGCGCGCUCCAGCUUUUCACAAGCCUGCCUCCAACUUUGAGGAAUUUUAUAGUUAACUGCUUCUAUUUCGGCGAGUUGUUUUUACAGAAUACGCUUUAAGGAUAUCUUCUUCUUGUGUUUAUACUACAGCUUUAUACCGACAGGGUGUUACUUGGUAAUUAGUGGUCACUUUUUAGUCAAAGAAACAUCUAACUGAGCUGCUUUCUUUCUCCGAGCCGAACACAUACUGUUUGCUCGGAACGCUUAGUAAUUUGUAUAUCAUUUUAACUAGCUGUGUAUGUAUUUACAGACCACUUUUCUUAACAGUUUGUUGUUUAAACCAAGUCGUUUGUAUUUCGCUGGAUGGAAAUUCGUCUCUUUCCCAUGUGAGAAGCGGUAACGCCAACCAACGCCUUCGCUGUGUGAGCUGUAAACCGUAUGGUGUGAGCACAAACACCAGCAGCUGAAUACAGCUCGGUGCGCCAUCACUAUUUUUUAAAUCUAGCGUCGUUUCGGUUGUUUGUUGUUUAAAACAACAAACGGUUUAUAGGUUAAGAUGGGUUGCACCCUAAGCGCCGAGGAUAAAGCAGCGAUAGAGAGGAGCAAAAUAAUCGAUAGGAACCUGCGGGAAGACGGAGAGAAAGCGUCCAGAGAAGUCAAACUGCUGCUGCUGGGUGCUGGUGAAUCAGGGAAAAGCACGAUAGUUAAGCAGAUGAAGAUCAUCCAUGAAGAUGGCUACUCAGAAGAGGAGUGCAAGCAGUACAAGGUGGUGGUUUACAGCAACACGAUCCAGUCAAUUAUUGCCAUCAUCAGAGCUAUGGGCCGUUUAAAGAUUGACUUUGGCGACCCAGCAAGAGCUGACGACGCCCGGCAGUUGUUUGUGCUGGCUGGGACAGCGGAGGAAGGGGUCAUGACCCCUGAGUUGGCUGGGGUCAUCCGCAGGCUGUGGAGGGACAACGGAGUCCAGAGCUGCUUUGCCAGGUCCCGAGAGUAUCAGCUUAACGACUCGGCCUCCUAUUAUCUGAAUGAUCUGGAGAGGAUAUCCCAACAGGGCUACAUGCCCACACAGCAAGAUGUGCUGAGGACUCGAGUCAAGACCACAGGCAUUGUGGAAACUCACUUUACCUUUAAAGAGCUCUACUUCAAGAUGUUUGAUGUGGGUGGCCAGCGCUCCGAGAGGAAGAAAUGGAUUCACUGCUUCGAGGGUGUCACAGCUAUUAUCUUCUGCGUAGCGCUGAGUGAUUACGACUUAGUGCUGGCUGAGGAUGAGGAGAUGAACCGGAUGCAUGAGAGCAUGAAGCUGUUUGAUAGCAUCUGCAACAACAAGUGGUUUACCGACACUUCCAUCAUCCUCUUCCUCAAUAAGAAGGACCUGUUUGAAGAGAAGAUCAAGAAGAGCCCUCUCACUAUCUGUUACCCUGAAUACUCUGGUUCUAACACAUACGAAGAGGCUGCGGCUUACAUCCAGUGCCAAUUUGAGGAUUUAAACAGGCGAAAGGAUACCAAGGAGAUAUACACCCACUUUACCUGCGCAACAGACACCAAGAACGUGCAGUUUGUCUUUGAUGCAGUCACUGACGUCAUCAUCAAGAACAACCUGAUCGAGUGUGGACUGUACUGAAGCAGCAUGUCUGUUUGCCAAGUGGGACUAACGAGCAAUGCCUCAUGGGAUGGAUCAUUGUCGCUGCCUGUAGUGGAUUCCAGUCAGUGGGGGAAAAUGACAAGACACACAGUGCUGCUACCACACUGCGCGUACACCGUAGUUCUUACUGUGCAUUUUGGAGAAACUCUUUAACCUUCUUUAUUGCCGGUAUUAUCGUCUGUCUUUCUUUACUUCUCAGACACAUUCGAGAGAGAUGUGUCUCUCAUCAUCAAAAUGGAUGAAUGUUUUCUGUCUAUGUUGAAAUUACAGUCCAUUUAAGUUGUUGUUUGACGGAUUGGUAAUUCUUUUGGCUGUUAUAGUAAAUAAAGUAGUUCUAUGCACACACCAGAAUCCUAAAAGGUUGAGAUGCAUCUUGCCAAAAGAGGAAUUUCUGCCUAUCAUCCGCUACAUAACUGUGAUUUCUUCAGCAAGCAAAAGUUUUCACCUUUCUCUCAGUAGGUUUAUAGGUAAGUUAUUGAUAUUCAGAUUCUUUUGAGUUCUUCAUCUUUAUUUUGGGACCACAGUUCAGUGGAAACAAGACAAAUGAAGGUGUUCACAUAAGUAGAGCAUUUUCAGUCAACACACCUGUAGCUGUUUAGUUUCCAAGUCAGAGGUAUGACAUAGAUUAUAGUUGCUUCAUAACCAAAAAAAAAAAAAAAAGUAAAUCGUAGCUAAAUACUUCUGCUAUUUCUUCUAUCCUUCUCUCUUUUUUUAAUGUGGACCACUACAUAACACUUUUUUGUUCAUUAUACUUGUAUAUGAAUUAUUAUUGAUUAAUAAAUUCAUGACUGCAUGCUAAUGGAACUAAUGAGUGGGUCAAGAACACUUUUGUAAUAAAUGUUGUAGAAAUUGUGACUUUCCUGCAUGGAGGCUGAAUUUACAUUCACUGCUUGAUAUUUUGAAGAUUUUGUUGCUGGGACUUUUAAAAAAAAGUAGAUGGGCUUUAAUCUUUAUGGCAGGUGUACUUAAAGUGUGUAAAUAUACAUGUUUAUUUUUACAUAAAUCUUAAAUUUUUUUUAAAUUAAAUGCUCAUUUUCAAAAAUAACCUAGAGUGUCUGAAAACUGCAAUGGUGAUCUUUGCUUUUAACAGUGACAGACAAACGAAACACUUGUUUGUCAGGUUGAUCUGCUUUAGGUCACACAUUUCUACUCUUUAUUUACAUAUUAAAAACAUUUGGAAAUGUUGAAUUAUUGAAGUAGUUUUAACUGUUAACCUACAGCUAAAGUCUAUAAUUUUAAUGUAGCCCAGAUUGUAAAAUGUAUAAUUCUUGUUAAGAUCUUAAGGGCUGUUGGAUGUACUAUGUUAAUCCUGUGGAUUUUUGGUUUAUAAAACAAACGACAUCAUGGACUGCUUUGUAAUUUGUUCUGGUUUAAUUGUCUAACAUGUUUCAUCAUGUUACCCAGUUAUGCUUGACUUUUGCAUUGCUACAACACAGUGUUAUGCAGUGUAUAAAAGUAUUAUUAUCCAUAUCCAGCAACAUGUCUCAUUUUUACAGGUCAAUCUACGCCUCUCCUCCUUGUAUAACACUUUUGUUUCCUGCUUGAAAACAGUUUUUUU